CAUUUUGACAAAAUGAGUUUGUUUUCCUGGAAGUAGGGAUGUAAUUUUCAAAAACGUCCAGUUUUUAUUGUGAUUGUGUAAACUUGUAUCAAAAUGAUUCAACCUACAGCCUCCAAAAACGAUGGCCAAUCUCAAAUACAGGUGGCCAUAGGAAUGAUACUAGAGGUAUUAGCUGAUAAAAAUUCUUUAGUAGCCGAAACAGCUGCAACUUCCUUGAAGAAGUUGGCAGAAAACCAUCCAAAUCAUGUACUGAACUGUUCCAAAAAUUUUUGCAAAAGAUCUUCCACCAUGAGUGACCAAAUUGCCCACGUUUUAAACAUAAUGCAGAGUAUUUGCACAGAACACAUUAUUGCUAUUGAUGGGGACACCAUACUUUCAUUAACUGACUUUUGUCUAGAAGUGUUAACCAGAAAUAUAGCAGUAGAUGUUGUUCAGGAUCCUGCCUGCAAUGUUCUUGUUGCUAUUGGCAGAAAACAUCAUAUACAGGUUUUAGAUAAAUUGAUGGUAAGAUUAGAGACUGGAUCUAUGCCACAUUACAUGAUACCUUAUACUUUAGGAUCCUUAGCCAGUGUUAAUGCCACAGGAGUGGUUCCAUAUCUCAAAGAUAUAUUCACAAUUAUGAUACCCCUAUUGAAUAGCAUAAAAAAUGAGGUUCAGAGACAAGCCUUUGCCUUUGCAUUUGGAAGUUUCAGUGACGCUCUUGUAGAAUAUGUUGCCAACAUAAACCAAGUGCCAGAUAAUUCCAUCACAUGGGAAAAUUUUCAAUCUGAACUUGCAACUAUUUAUGAAGUACUUACUAAUACCUGGUUACAAUCUAGAGAUAACAAAACAGUCCAAAACAUUCUGACUGCUGUAACAGCAAUAUUUCCCCUUUUGGAUGUAGAUAAAGUAUCAGAGCACACAGUUAAACAACUUCAAACUCUGUUAGUUUUGUACAAAAAGCAAGUGGACGCUUACUAUGUAACUAAAUGUUUAGAAUCUGUGAUCAAGAAAGCUACAACAGUUGAUGGAACCUUGGUGGAACCUUUGUUAGGUAACAUAAUGCAGAACAUGAGUGAUCUUCUUUGUACAUCACCGGAUUAUGCCAAACCAGAUUCCUUGAAAACACACUCAGAAGUUUUACGUUGCUAUGAAUGCUUAGCUUUGUAUUUUACCGAUAAUGUUAUCGAUCAACUGGUAGGUCAACUUAAAAACAAUAACGAUAGGGAAAAAGUGAAGGGUCUUCUCAUUAUAACCCAUUUAACAUCAUAUUCCAACAAUCAGCUAGUGGAGAGAAGGUUGAAAGAUAUUAUGAAACAUUUUAAUGAUGUUCUAUACGAAUCUAAUAUCAAGGUGAAAAAGGCUUUACUGAAAAUCAUUGUAGCAUUCGCUUCAAAAGGCAUCCUCCUAAAUAAAGAUAUGAAUCCAGAUGGCGCUGAAAAAUAUAUGGAAUUCAUCUUAAAACUGUGCUGUUCACAUAAUGUGCAAAAGAAUAACGAUAUUGACUUGCAAGAGUUAGACGAUCUUCAAAGAUCUGCAGACAACACUUUAUGCAUGCUCAGUACUUCAGUUGUUGAAUUAGAAGAAACUUUAUGGAAUCUUCUGAUGAAAUCGUUCCUCAGUCCCAAUUAUGACAACGCCAUUGUCGUGAUACUGAGAUGUCUGACACAUUUGGCCGCUAGAAAAGAGUCACCACCCAUUUGCGAAGGCGCAUUUGUCAGGUGUAUGGUUUUAUUGGCCAUCCCUCUACCGGGAUUCAGGGGAACCUUUAUUUUGAAUUUUUUCAAACAGAUGAGUCCCUGCAAGUUGAAGAAUCACGAAGCAGUGUGGGACUCCAAAAUUCCACAGUUGAUGAAGUACUUGGAACAGAAUUACGAUAAUUUUAAUGAUAACGAAUGGCAAGAUUUGGUCUUUGAUUUUUUCAAUUUGUUGCUGGAUGCGAUCAGCGAUGAGAAAUGCUUCCAAAGUCUUCUGAACACUGCUAGAGAUCAGCUGUUACUUUAUAAUUUAGGGUUGAUGGGUGGAGAUCAGCCAGUGAAAAUAACUGAAAAACACUUCCUCCUCAAGUGCAUAGCACUGUUGCUCUGUCACAUUAAAGAUAAAGAUAUAGUCAUACAAAGUUUGGAUAAAAUCCUGGCAAAUGUUAAAUUGACUGAUUACUCUGAACUCCAUGCGUGUGCUGAAGCCAUUGGAAUUAUUUCUAAGAAUCAUCUUCAACUUGUCUUGGACAAGAUUUCCAUCAUAAGAAAAGACUUGGCAAAUAAAAAGAUGAAGUUAUUCCAAAUACCAUUCAUGAAAGACAAAAACCAGGACUUGGGAAGAGAAAGACUGCGUUAUACGAUAAUAUGCAGUUACGCAGAGGUUUGUAACGAAGCACCUUCAGAGAAACUGUUGAAAAUAAUCGAAUCUGAAAUAUUGGAUUUCGUUGUGACUGAACUGGCCAAUUGCAAAGAUUUCUACAUUCGUAAAGCAUGCAUCAAGACAAUCGGAAGUGUAGCGGAUGCGAUGCAUCCGAAUCGUAACACACUACAUAUUCAUUUGAAAUGUAGGCAAGCAAUUCUGAAGGUGGUUUCGUCUGAAAUUCAUUUACACAACGGUUCCGAUUACAUUGAAUUAUUUCCGAUUAUACUGCCUGUUAUAACUUCUCUAGUCCAACUACCCCCAACUCUGGAAUCAGAUGAGAGAAUAAGACUUCUUAAAUUAUGCUUCGAUAGUGUAUAUAAUGCCUCGGCGAUUUAUUGCAGAAUAAAUGAAGAGGAGCCCGAUCAAUAUUAUGGCACCUCAAAAUUAGUUCCUUUUAUAACACCUAGUUUUACGAAAUUGAAUCAGUUGGUUCAGGAGUUGUUGAUGCUGAAUCUGUCUCCAGAGACUCUGGAUGAGAUUGUUACACUUUUGGAACACUGGCUCAGUAAGAAAAAGGCUGAACAAAGACUACCUGCUUGUGAAACUCUCAGAAUAGCUCUGCAAACGUACUUAGAUAAUAUGAAGUUUGCGUAUGAUUGUCCUAAUAAUUUUACUCAAACUGGGUUAUUAUUGUCGAGGAUUGUCCCUAGAUGUACUGAUUCCGUGACUAACAUUCGUAAGGUGGCUGUGGAGAAUCUCUGUCUCAUUCUUUGCAUAGCCUCCCGUUAUGAAGGGCAUAUGCGAGAUCACGACAAAAUUCUGAGUAACUCUAUGCAGUACAUACAACAGCAGAUUGACCAACGUGAUCCAAAAUUGUUGUACAGCCUCACAACGGAUUUGUCCAACAUUUUAUGCACAAACAUUCCUUCUUUUCAAUUAAUCCAUUUCGUAGAGGGUUUGAUCGAUGCUCUUAUUGAUUGUGAAUCGUCUAGCUCAAAUGGCAGUGGUAUUAUUCUAAACUUAACCUUGAAAUCUAAAGGGAUGGAAUUACAGAAUCAUAUAACUACUAUAGUUCAGAAAAUUUUGGGUCAAAUCAGGAAUAUUAAAUGUGUUGCUACUAGAACCUCUGCUCUUAGGGCGGUACAGAGCGCUGCGUCACAUCAUUCGAAGAUUGUCAGCGCCAUCUUACUUCAGCAACCCUUACCAUUUGAACAGUCUAUUUGUGAUUGCUGGUCGAUGAUAUCUACUGAUAACACCCUAACUCAAAAUUUGUUGGAUCAGUUCAAGAAAAUCAUGAAGAACACACCACUGUUUGAUGAACACGGUAAAUCGGAUAUGAAAAUUGCAAGCCUAGCACCCCUUCAGGUUGUAUGUGCCCUUCAUGAAAUAUUCAAGAACGCUCAACUGAAAGAAAUUUGCAUUCAACAAUUCCCAGAUCUCUUUAGCAUUCUACUUAUCACCUUAGCUUCUUACAUUGGAACAGCAGCUCCUGCGAUGAAAGAAGUCACCGAUAAAAAAGACAAAUACUUUGUUAUAAACCGGGAGGCUUAUAAAAUGAGCCCCGCAAAGAUAGCCUUGGAAACGUUCCGGUUAUUCCUGCUGUGCUGUGAUUACAAACAAAUGGCCAACAAUCUUUUGAGUUUCUCCCAGGCAGAAACCAGCGAAAAGUUCCCUUGGUUCCUUGAUAUUAUUUCGAUGUUGGUGGAAAAUAUUUGCCAAGAUAACCCCCAAUAUAUAACGUGGUUGGUUGCAUCCUUAGGCCCUUACAUAAGGGCGGAUUUGGAACCGCAAAGAGUUGCAGUUGUCGCUUUCUUCACGUAUUUGUUCAGGCAGAAAGUCAACGAUCAGGCUAUGCUUGCCGAAAACUUACUGGAAAUGAUAAUGGAUGUCCAGAUGGAUCAAAGUUGCUUAGUAAAACAGAUCGGCUUGCAAGGUUUAGGUUAUGCCAUCGAGUUUUUGAAACCCGAACUGAUCAGCAGGCAUUGUAAACCUAUUUUGAGUGUGCUGAUGAGCAGUUUAGACUACAAUCAUGUGGGAAGUGAAGGUGCUCUCAUUCUUGAGGGGUUACAUAGUUUCUCCAAACUAUUGACAACGUUGGAAGGUCACAAAUUCAGUUCAUGCCAAGUUACUGCAGCAGUAAGAAUAAAGCCACUAUUGGGACAGGAAGAAGUCCAAUUGAGAAGAGCAUCUUUUCGUUUAUUGGGGGAUUUAACAGGAUCUAUCAAUACAGAUUCUAACAUCGAGGCUUUCAGGGAACAAAUUCACGGAAACCUUAUAACUUUAUUGUUGCAUUUGUGCGAUCCGGAUCAAUAUGUUGUCAAGGCUUGCAAAUACACAUUGAGGCAGAUAAGUUCAUAUUUGGAGGGGCCGAAGACUAACACAAUGAUUCAAGAACACUUGAUCGAUGAUGCUAAUUUGAACUAUUACAACUUCAUGAGAGAUUUGGUCAAAGUAAUGUCGGAUGAACUUCAAGAAUAUUUUCCCCUGUUGGUGAUGACAAGCUUAUCAUACUUCAAGAGUCCUUGGGUAGAAAUAAGAGGAAAUGCUGCUCUGGUUGCCGGAUUACUGUACUCGACGCUCAACGAUGAAAAUAAAAGUAAGGUUUCAAUCGAUACAGUUUCGUUUAGAUUGAUGAAUUUGAUGUCUGAUGAAAAUGAACAAGUCAGAAUAAAGGCAGUUCAGGCCAUAGUAUAUUUAUUUUCUAAUUGAAAGUUUCUAUUUUUAGAAUGAUUAUUUGUGGAUUUGUUAUACCGUUGUUUUAUUUAUUUUUAUUGUUAUUUUAUCAUUGUUUUGUCCUUUGUGGUGUUUCAGUGCAGAAAAUAGAAACACCUCAGUCUAUCAAUUUUAAUAGCAUAAUUAUAAUAUGAAUACUAGAUUUUGGUUCUAUAAUAUAAAGAAUUCAAAACAAUAUAUUGAGAUUCAAUAUCCUAUAUUUAUAAUCUGCUUGACAGGCUCGUAUGAACAAUAGGCUUUCAAAUAGGAAUUAUUGAUGAACUUUUUCCUUCAGU